UGGGUUGGAGUCUUGGAGAUAUAUCACGGUUGGAGAUGAGCCAUUAUGAUGCGCUCACUUAGUAGUCACUACUGCUGUGAUUGUGGCAGUGUUGAGCGAACUUUAAACAAGCUUCGGGUGGUGCAAUAACUUAUCGCAGGCGCCACAAUUAUCUUCAUUUGUCGAGGGGUGACUAUAUGCCGGCCCUUUUUAUCCAGUUAACCCAUAACAAGGAUCUAUAGCUAUAGUGGAGCACACGUUCCAGGCGUCAAGUUCUGCGGAUAUAAACCGAGUUACGAGCUAGCGCUCAUUCAUUAAUCAUCCACUUUGGACACACUUAUCUUCCCUCAUUGUUCAGCGAGCUCUUCCCAUUCGGUACCACCUCCAUGGAUCAUCAAGAGCAAGUCAUAUCUGACACUUUGGUUGAUCAGACGCAGAAGGUGUUGGAUAAUGUCAUAUUAAGUUCAAAUUCGGCGUCAGCUAGAAAGCUCAACCAGUUGGACCGGGCAGAGAAUGUCGUCACGCAGACCACACAACAAAUUAGGUCAGCUUACAACCAAAAUACUGCAGUGAUUCAGGCCGCCGUGGACCUCUCAAAGAAGAGUACGAGUGACUUUCUGGGAGAGGUAAAGAUGGUGGUGGACUCUCUGGAUUCUCUGCAACAUAUCCACCCGUUCGUUGAUGUGGCUAUAAUCCUUUUCAGGGGUGUCGUGAAUCUUGAACUAAACCGAAGAGAGAAUGAUGUUAAAGUUGUGUCAGUCAUAUCUCAGGCAUCCGCUUUGAUGAAUAUGCUUCACCAACUCAAGGGCACUAAAGAGCGCCCUAUCAUAGGACCUCAUGGUGAAAUUCCGGGACCACUUCAACCCGUGUUGAAUGGCAUGAAGCAAGAUAUUGUGGAUUGUGGAAAUGCCAUUGACAAAUUCUACAAGUCGAAGCUCAUGGUGAAACUCUUCAGAUCAUCCCAUUGGGCUAGCGAGUUUGUGAACAUUUGCAACAAGUUUUCCAAGCGUACGCAGGACCUGCAGCUUGCCUUAAGUAUGAGCACGCUGUUGAAAGUUGACAUUAUGAAGGAUACGCUAGAGAAGCUCACGAUCCUCAUCCAGAAGCCGAGCGAACGCGAAUCACGAUUUGAAAAAGAAGUGCAGAAGCGUGGUGGAAGAGAUCAAUGUCUGGCAAACAACGACAAACUAGCAGAACUAAUGAAGAUCAGCGAGCGAUGGGACACGGGGCCACAAAAGCCUGGUUCCAAGAUCGCUUCUGCGAACGGAUCGGGCGGCGAGCAGUACCGUCUUAAUGCCACGCUGCUUCACGAUCUACGUGCUCCUUUACGCAGCUUACUUGAUGAGAACCAUCAGGUUUUCAUGUUCAAACUUGACAAACAGACAGCUGACAUCAAGGAUGCUGUCAAGGAUUCCGAGACGCGCAUCAUAUGGGCCUUCAACAGCAAGUUCCGACUGGUCAAGGAUCUGCACAUGCAAUAUAUCUGGAAAGAAAUGAAAUGGCCAACAAGUGUCAAGACGUUAUACUUCAUUGCAGAACUCCAUGAUUAUUACGCGAACCAUUUCUCCCGCCUGCGUCGUGGUACUGUUUUCCCACACGCCACAUCGUGUGAUUCAUCCUUGGUGGUGCAAAUCGCACCAUCAAGCCCCACUGGCUCCGUCAUGCCCAAAUCAGAAGGAGAACACCAUAAACAUCCUACUAUUGACCCUGCAGACAAGUGGUGCAUCAAAUACUUGACCGUUUUCUAUUUGCCAAGUUUAUCUGAAAGCUUCGACGUUGAUGCAAAUGGCUUGGUCAGUAUAAGGGAGGUGAACGACUUCACUUCCAUGAUACCUCAGGGUUGGAGUCUACUACAAGCACUUGCAUACUGGGCCGCAGGUUGGAGAGUGGAUAGCCAACAUUACCACACACGGAUUGAACAGGUCUUGGCGAGCAUGAUCGAUGCGCAAGCAGACGCACUACCAGAAAACAGGGGGUGUAUCGCCACAUACUUGAACGAUGUUGUCGAUGCCAUUACAGGGCUUGUCCGUUCUCUUGCAGAACUUGGAUCAGAGCAUUCGGACUUGGAUCUCGUGCAAUUGGCUGAUCAGCGUCGCAAGGCUCAGGAGAAGACGUUGGCGCAUAAACUUAACGACACGAAGUAUGAAAUCGACUCCAAAGAUUCUCUCAAACUCUUCGAAUCUGGCCGCAUCGAAAAUUUCUUGCUGCCUUUACUUUACCUCGUAAUCAGCAGGCAUUUACAGAUCAUGAAGCUCGCCAGUACAGUGAUUCUGGUGGAGAGAGAACUCGUGUUUGCAACUCAAACCAUAUGGAAUAUCUUCGGUGGGGUAAAUCAGCGUGUGGAGCAACUGGCAGGUGCGUUUCAACUGUGUCGUGAUAAGUCGUCUCCUUCCACCAUUGCAGAAUCAUUUCGCCAACAGGGCAUCGAUCCAAAGGUGAGAUUCAAGUGGUAUGCGCAUGGCUUGUACGACUUUCGGUACAGUUCAGAACAAAUUACACGCGACACAGAAUACUGGGAAACCCACUGUGACGAUUUCGGGUUUGAUGACACUGAACUGGAGAUUGAUGCGACAGCGCUGAAGCUUGGUCCCUUUUGUCCGACAGAGGACCGGGAACUGUUGGAAAGGCCUGUGACGUUUGUUGCAUUGUGUGCUGGCCAACAACCUGCAGACCCCAAGGAAGAAUAUAUCCGUUUGUGGUGUAUGAAUGCGCUCCACACUGACAAAUGGCAGAGCUCCUACCCUCAUGAUGUGCCGUCUUACCUAUCAUCGAAGGACAAAAAAAGGUUCAAUAUCCUGUGCCAAGAGCUGCCGCCUGCAGACGUCGAGCGCUGGGAUUCAUUAGCUGAACUCCAUCUGCGCAGCCGAUUGUUCGAGUGUCAGUGCGAUGCAUGUCAUUACCUUGUCACCGAUGUGGCCCACCGUUGUUUAGACUGCGAGAAGGAUGAUUAUGAUCUGUGUGCAGAAUGCGAAUCUCUGCCGGUUUCAAAACACAAAUACCCAUCCAACCACAAGUCGACACACAACAUGCUUGUUUUCCGUGCCUCGCUACCAUCUGUCGUCUAUGGAAGAGCCCGCUAUCAUGCCAGAAAUACGCUGCUCCAGGCAGCACCAGAACUUCCGCAUUCGACAGAGGCCACUCAAGAGGACGUGUCUACUACCUCUGUCAAUUUUGAGGAAGAUAAGGAGAAGUCACGCGGAGAUGCGAUACCACAACCUCAGUUACGAAUGAGGGAUGCCCAUACUUGUGCCGAAUGCGGCGUCAAACUGGGCAUUUAUUAUGCAUGCCUUCAUUGCGCAGAACACACCCUGAUUACCCUAUGUGGCGAUUGCGCAUUCCGCGAUGUAUUCGACGUGGUCACACAGCACCACCCUUAUAAACACUGGCUGGUCAAGAUCAAAGACAAGGUUCAAGACACAAAUGGAACCUACGACGAACCUAUUGAUAACUUGGACAAGACAAGUGCUUUGGCAUCGCUUUCGUCUGGCUCACGAGUCGACCACUUGAAUCUGGUCGCAAUGGUUGAAUCUCGCUUUACUGAGCUUGAUCUCCGUAUUAGUAGCCUUGCCACCCAGGUUGACCAGCUUGUGCGUAGUCUAGCUGAAUUGACGGGAAAAGCACAACCUCUGUCGGGGUCCGUGAUUGGUUCAUAAAGCAGUCUGUUAUCAAUUCCCUUUUUUUUUCUGAUUCUCAUGUAUUAAUAUCUGUCUCCAAGUCGUGACCUUGUGUAGAUAUUCCAUGUAGCGGCGCCAAUUACAAUCCUGUGUCCUUUGUCCUUCGCACAUGAUAACGAUGAAAUA